AUCCGCUCAAAAAAAAACGGCAACGCAUCCAGCCAACCACUACAAACAGCGACAACAGCGAACAACGACCACCAACCAACCAAGCAAGCAGAGGGAGCGACAAGAAGGAGGCUGCUGCGUGCAGUGCUUUCUAUUGGCUCUGCACAUCCUUACGAGCAGCCAUGCGCCGGUUGCUGGGACAAAGGUCCUCGCGCCGCGACCGGCAGGCGGAGGCGGCUGCGUCAAAGUCGUCUUAUGGCGAGCUGAACGUGAAGAGCCUGACCAAGGCGGGUCGCGCAGCCCUUGCUGGCGAUGUGUCCAAACUCGACCAGAUUAUCAAGAAAGGUCAAAUCAACGAACAAGACGCCGAGGGCAGGACGGCGCUGCACUUGGCAGCGAGUGCGGGUCACCUGUCCUGCGUCCUCAAACUGCUAGAGGGCAGGGCAGCUGUCUUGCGCGAUGCACAGGGAUGCACACCACUCGCCAAGGCGAUCCAGGGCGGGCACACAGGCGUGGCGAUGGCUAUCCUUCAGCAAGGGCACGGCGUGAAUGUCCUCGACGACAACGGCGCCAGUCCGCUGCAUAUCGCGGUGCAGCACAACCAGCCCGAUAUUGCCCGCGUCCUGGCAGAGGGGGAGGCCGAUGUCAACGCACGCGACAACGCCAGCAACACCCCACUGCACGUUGCAGCCGCCACUGGCGAUGCGGGCAUUGCGGAUGUGCUGGUGCAGCAGGGAGCGCAACUCAAUGCGGCCAACAGCGCACGUGACACGCCGCUUAUGGUGGCGGCACAGCGCGGGCACGACGCCGUCGUCUCACUGCUUCUCCGCGCAGGCGCUUCGACCACGUUGGCCAAUGCCAGCGGGCAGACGGCAGCAGAUCUCGCUCAGGCCAACGGACACCAAGCCACCGUCGACGCUCUUGCGCCGCCGAAGACAACGCCGCCGCCACCCGCGACAGCAGCGACGAGUGCACCCCUCGCUGAAGCCACCAGCACACUGGCAGGGGGAGCCAUGCACCGACCUGCUGCUGCUACUGCUGCUGCUGAUGAUGGUGAAGAAGAUGGUGAUGGUGAUGAUGGUGAUGACGACGAUGAUGCGAUGAGUGAGCUGUCGUUCCGUAAGGACGGUGGUAGUGGCGAAGACGGUGAUGAAGAGGAAGAUGAAGGGCAGGGACAGGCCAGGCGCAGUGGUGGCAGUGGUGUUGCACAGGCGAUGGCGCAGGAAUCGGCAGCAAAGCGCAGCACAACAGCAACGGCAGCAGCCGAGGGAGUUGCCCCUGGGCCUGCGGCGAAAGCCGCCAAGACCUCCGCAGCAACACACGCCACCCAUUCUGAUGAUGACGAUGAUGAUGGUGAUGAGGAUGAUGCUCGUCGUGGCGGUGCUGUGUCUGCUGAUGCGUCUUCCUCUGAUGACUCCAUGCAGGCUGCGCUGAGCAAGAAGCUGCGAGACACAGACACCAACCUGGACACGCUGAAGGGGAGCGCAAUUCGCGGGCGCAGCGGGAGCGUUCGUGGACACGCCGAUGCCGUGCGCAUGGGCGCCAGCAUUAUUGGCAUGAAGCUUGGCUCCCGGCUUGGCCGGCCCGAGGGGCAGCACAGCGACACAGAGCACGACGAUGAUGAAGAUGACGACGGUGGAGAUAGCGGCGAGUGGGGCGUUGGCCAUGCUGAGACAGCAGCAGCCACGACUGCAGCCAGGCAGCCUGCACAUGCACAGCACGGCGGUGGUCAUGGUGAUGAGGACGAGGAUGACUGGGACUUCAGCCACGAGGCUGCAACGAGUGCGCUGACAUCCCUGGCCAAGACGCCAACGGCACAACGCACCCCAGCGGCGCAGGUUGUGCGUGGCGGUGCACACAGGGUCGGUGCUGGUGGCGAGCUGGAGUGGGACACAGACAAACUCACCAGCAGCACGCCUCGGCAGCGCGGCCAGGGCGGCCAGGGCGGCCAGGGCGGUCGUCGUCGCGCAGCGGCAGAGGACGAUGACUCGCACGGCUUCUCGCACCGCCACGACAGCGACGACAGCUUUGGCCAGCUGCUCGGAGAGGGGCGGCCCCCGGUGGCGUCAGAUGAUGACAUGCCCUCACUUGCAGAGCUCGGUAUUAACGUGGCGGGAUUCGAGUCGGACAACAACGCCUCCCCGGCCCAGGCCGCUUCAACCGCAAAAGUGCAAGGCAGCAUGAUGGGUGGUGGUGAUUCCGACUCGUCCUCUUCGUGGGACAGCCACUCCGACCAAGGCUCGCCACCACAGCAGCAACAGCAGCAGCAGCAGCAGCGUGGUGGUGAGGACAGCUUUCAAGAGCCAUCACAGAUGGAAGCGAAAGGAAUGUCGCAGCUCGGCACGGGCACGGGCAAGCAAACAGGUGGUGGUGCACAAGAGACAGCGCUGCCCACCGACUACGAGGCGCUUGCACGGCGCCUCAGCUCGCAGUUCACGACAGCAAAAGGUGGCGCGGAACAGGGUGGUAGCGGCGGCGGCCGCGAGGAACAAGAGGACAAUGAGGGCGAAGAGGAGAGCAACUGGGACACGGAGCCUGUCAGCGAUGGUGACCAUGACGCGUCGUUUGUCAUGACAGCAGCAAUGGGUGACGAGCGCGCAACGUCAAAGCCACAAACAGAAGAGCAGCAACCACAAACACAGACGCGCGGGGAAGACACGGCAGCCUCCACAGCGAAAGCAGCGACAGCAGCGGCAGUUGGAGGCAUGAGCGGCCACGACUCCACGGGCGAUGCGGACGUGAGCGCGGAUGAAUCAUCCUCCUUUGGUCACAUCUCAGAUGUGCAGCAAGCAGAGGAGCGAGCAACGACAGGGCCAGCGGCAGGGACGACAACAGCGACAGGGGAGGAGGAGGAGAAGAAGCCAUCCAUGUCUGCGCUCUGGGGCACGGGUGUUCCCUCAAGAACGGCAGCAGUAGCAGCGGCGCAUACAGCUCCAGCACAAGCGUCGUCAGAGCCAGCAGCCACGCGUGUGCAAGAUGAUGCUGCCGAUAGCGACUUUUCUGUUGGCAGUGGUUUGGAUGAUUUGCUCGACACGACAGCCGAGGGCAACGCAAGUGCCGUUGGCGGCAGUGGUGUUGAUGCUGGUGCUGGUGCUGGUAAUGAUGGGAAGAAGAAGGUGCAGCGAAAGAAGGUGCAGGAGAGCGAGGCUCAGCGUAAGCUGCGUAUGGACGAGGAGAGUUUGCUCGGUCAGGCCUCCACCACCACCGCUGCAGCAGCACAGCAGCUACAGCACGAGUCGUCGCCCGUAUCGUCGCCGCUGUCAUCGUCAUCGUCAUCUGCCGCCACGCGCCAGGCGCGUAGGGACCAGCAGCAGCAGCAGCAGCAGCAGCAAGAACAACAGGAAGAGGCACAGCCACGCUCAAUUGAGGGGCAGGAAGAAGAGGCUUCUGCCGUCUCCGUGUCCUCGACUGCACCAAGCACCACACCAGUCACCACGGCAGCAGCAACGACGGCGGCAGCAGCGGCAGCGGCCACGCCGUCGAGUAUUCGCAUCAACGAAGAGCUGAACCGCACGCUUGAGAAACUUCGGGAAGAACAGCGGCGUGUGAGCGAGCGCGACAGCACAAUUCGUCAGCUGCAGCAGCGCCUGAAGGAGGUUGAGGAUGACGCAAUGCAGGCGCGUGCCGCCGCCUCCUCCCUCGAGGGCGAACGCAGCCAGUGGACAAGCAACGCUGAGGACAAGGAGCGAGAGGCAUCGCGACUGGGACUGGAGAACGCACGCCUCAGCGCCGAGUUGAAGUUUGCACAGGAGGAAGUUGAGCGAUGGAGCAAAGAGGCCAAAGCUGCGAGUGCGCAAGCGGAUGUGGCGGCAGACGCAGCAAGGCAGGAGGUGACGACGCUGAAGGAGCGCCUGCAGCAGCGGGACCGAGACGUGGUGUCUGUGGAACAGCACGUGGAGGAGCUGGAGCAGAGGCACCGCGAGACGGUGCAGAGCUUGUACGCAGCAGAGGCACGGGUGACGCGCGCAGAGGCGCAGGUGCAGCACCUGCAGCAGCAGUUGCAGGCGGCAGCUGGGGAGGGGGAGACGAGCCGCAAAGAGGAGGAGGAGAUGAUUGAGCGCAGGGUGCAGGCUGCCAUGGAUGCGGCGCGAGCAAGCGCAGACACCGUUGCCCUGCAUGAGUUGACGAUAGCGCAGGCGCGCGUGACGCGGCUUGAGCAAGAGAUUGCCGACCACACGCGGAGAGAGCACGCACUCGAGCGUGAUGUGGACGCCCUGCGCGAAGAAAACAGCACACUCAAGUCGACGCUUGCAGAAGCCAGGGCGCGGGAGGAGCAGCUUGGUGCACAGCUGCAGCAGUCGCGGCAGCAGCUGCAGGCCAAGACUUCUGAGGCCGCCGCUGCCGCAAGUGUUACAGUGCCGUCCUCAUCCUCAUCAUCACGCUCUCAACAGCAGCAUGCCAGCGAAGAGGGUGUUGGCCAACAAGCAGGCGCACGCGAAGGAGACCACCACCAGCAGCUGCAGCAGUCAUUCAUGGAUGACUCUGUGCUGUUGGCUGCAGCUGGCGGGGACACUGCUGCGCUUCGCAACACACAGCAGCUGCGCCGCUUGCUGCGGGAACAGGCACGCUUGCGGGAGGAGGCUGACGAACGCGCACGCCAGCUGCGUGUCAUGGUGACGGCGCUGCAAGCCCGCGAGGCGAACCAGUCUCUCAACGACAGCAUCGCUGACGGCACGCGUGUCGUGCGCGUGUCUGACGAGGAGGCGCAGGACCUACUGAAAAAAUUGCAGCAGCAGCUGGCUGACAUGGAGGUGAGGUAUGACAGCAUGAGCAAGCAGUGCACCGACAUGGAGUACAGGAACAUUGAGCUUGAGGGCAAGCUGCGCGACGCUCGCUCGGGCGACCACGCCUUGCGCGCGCAGUGCGUGGCCGCAGAGGCAGAGGUGGCUGAGCUCCAACGCCAGUUGACGUCCAAGGAGGAAGAGGGCACCCGCCUUCGCCAGCAGGUAUCGAGCCUGCAGGCAGAAUUGGAGGCGGAACAAAACGCGCUGGAUGCGGCGCGGCGUCGCCUGGGCGCAGCGGAGGAGCAGGUAGAGGAGACACGGCGGGAGCUGGAGGAUGCACAGGAGGAGAUGCAGGCAUACCAGGAGCUGAACGACGAGAACGAGAAGCUCCGACGGCAGCUUGAGAUGGAGGUGGAGGCACUGGCCGCACAGCGCGCGCAGGGUGAUGACGAGCGGGCAGCGCUGCAGCGGAAGUGUGACGCGCUGAGCACCGAGUGCGAACGCCUGCGUGCGCAGGUGGCCGCCUUGGACACGCAGCUGAAGGACGAGCGGCAGCGAACAGAGGCGCGCGAUGAAGAACAGCAGCAGCAGGUGGACGGCCUCAUGAAGCAGGUGGCCGAGACGCGUGGCGAGCUCGAGAUUGCUGCCGCCCGCGUGACGGCGCUGACGCGCGAACUGGAGGCGUCGGAGCGCGCGCACCAGCAGACCAAAGGCCGGCUGCAGGACGCACAUGCACAAGUGCACGACCUCAAACUGGACAAGGGCGGGCUUGAGGAGGAGCUGUCGAGCGAGAAGCAGCGCCGCGCCGGUCUCGCAGCAGAGGUGGACGCACUCAAGCGCGAGAUUGAGCAUGCGCGCGCGUCUGGUGACGACCAGCGCUCCACGCACGAGGGCGAGAGGCGCGGUCUGCACACGCAACUGGAGACGCUUCGCCGUGAUCUUGAGAGCAUGACAGCCAAGCACGAGGAGGCGGCUACCAGCGCCGAGGAAGCAAGGGCACAGGCGGGCGUGCUUGAACGCAAGCUGCAGGUGUCGCAGGAGGAAGUGGCGCGCCUCACGUCUGCUGCUGCUGAUGCGACGGAGCGAGAGGAGAGUGCACGUGCAGGCAUGGAGGAUGCCCUGCAGCGCGUGGACGAGCUGACACACGCAAACCGGCAGCUGGAGGAGGAUCUUCGCACCGAAAGCGACGCGCGGCGACGUGUUGAGGAUGAGAGGCAGCAGGACUCUGACCGGGCCGCCGCAUCCAUGCAGCAGCUGCGGGUGGAGAAGGAAGAGCUGAGCGCCGAGGUGACGCGCGUGCAGACACAGCUGGACACGCGCACGCACGAGCUGCAGCAGCAGGUGACGGAGCUGCAGGUGCGUGUCGAGGAGACGACGCGGCAACUCGAGACGCGCGAACGCGAGAUUGCGCACCUGCGCACAGACCUUGACGACACCACGGCGCUGGAUACAUUGCGCAAGGAGCUGGUGCUGUCCAACUCGCAGCGGGAUAUUGCGCAACGGGACGCAACGGCAGCACAACGCAAAUGCGAGGAGCUGGAGGCGCGUGUGCAGGCCCUGCAGCGUGAGGUUGUGGACGCACAGCGCGUGGAGAGCGAGUUGCGACGUGACAUUACCGCCCACGAUGAGCGCAUUGCAGACCUGAACAAGGACUUGCAACGCGCACACGCGCAGGAGGACCAGCACCUUGAGACGCGGGAGCGGCUGCAUGGCGUACAAGAGGGGACGCGGCGGCUGGAGGGUUUGCUUGCACAGGAGACGAGUGCUCGCGAGCGGGCAGAGGACAGGUGCCGCUCGCUUGAGGAGGCCCUCGAUCGCGUGCAGCAGCAGCGGGCGACGGCCGAGUCUCUCAUGGGCGAUGUGCAGGCGAAACUGAACAAGGCAGCAGCGGACCGCGACCAGGCAGCGGCGGCGCGGGAGGAAGCGUUGUCGAAGGUGGACGAGCUGCGGCGGCUGUGGGAGGCGGAGGUGCAGUCCCGCAACGCGCUGGGCAUGAAGAUUCUUGGCAUGGAGGACGCUGCCGAUGGGUGGGGCAAACAACUUGACAAGGAGCGACAGCGCGUGCGGCAGGCGCUUGAGAAGAAGCGUGCCGCAGAGUCGAAGCUGGAGGCCGUGUUCCAGCGCAACGAAUCGCUGCAGCGGAAGAUUGGGCGGCUGGAGUCUGAACUGCAGAAGGUGAAGGGGCGUGUGCGUAGCUACGAGAAGGGCGAGCUGCGAGCACCGGCGACGGAGACGGAGGUGAACGCGGUGAGGCAGCAGGCGCAGCAGGACAUGGUGCGGCUGCAGCAGCAGGUGCAAGAGCUGCGGGACGCACACGCACGGUUGGAGGAGAGCAAGCUGUCGCUGAUGCGGAAGCACUCCGAGGCCAUCAACGAGGAGAAGCGAAGCUAUGAUGAGCUCAAGGAGCAGCUGCUGUCGCUGCAAGACGAGCACGCUCGCGUGCUGCGUGCACUGCAGCAGGAGUAUGUGCCGCGCAAGACGUUUGACGAGUACCGCGGGAACGUGGACCGGGAGGCGGAGGCGGCGCUGCGAGACAAGAUCAAGGACAUCAACGUUGCACUUGAGCACGACGCUGCCGUCCGCGAUGCUGUGGGCGCGCACGAGCGGCUGGAGUUUGAGAAGACGCUGCAGCGACUGCGGCAGCAGGUGGCGCACAUGAAGGAGCAGCACCUGCGCCACACCACGACCAGCGUGGGUGGUGGUGUUGCUGGUGGUGUUGGCAACGAUGGUGUGCCCACGCGAAGGGAGGCAGGCGGUGUUGGCAGCGGUAUGCGGGUCGGCCUUGCGUCUAAGCGGCGUGGGCUUCGCGACCCACAACAACACCAAACAGGCCAGCGCUACUUGGCAUCGUCGUUGUCCCGCAACCUCUACCAUCACUAUUCCAGCACAGAGUAG